AUGUCAUCGGAAAAGAAGACAUCUGGUGAGAAUGGCACCUCAGCGAACGAAUUACAUGACGCACAUAAUGUUGCUCAAUCAAACAAACCAGCUAAACUUACCAAACAAAGUGGAGUGGACGAAGAGGACUUGGAAAAAUGCAGUGAAAAGUUCAAAUUAAAUAAUGAAGAAAUUAAGGAAACGACGGCUGUACGUAUUCAGCAAAUGGAUAACAGCAAUAUAUAUGUAACAGUUUUUGAUAAUCACAGCUACCUCUUAUUCUUAGUGCAAAGAAAACCAGAAGUUGUUUAUAUGGCCAAAUUUUUUUCUCCACCUGAUCAUAUCAAUCUGAAUGUAACACCAUCAACAAAACCCAAAGCACUUGUGCGUAGCCAUGCAUUUUCGGGUGAUGAUGAUUCUGGCGUUUCUGCCAGGCAUACUCCAACGUCACACUUUCUUGCUUCACGUUCUACUUUUUCUUCUUCUUCAUUUGAUUCUGGUCACGGUCACGAUUACACGGAUUCGACUGGGAUUAAUUUGCUUUCAUUUAUUACAUGUACGCUUCACAAGAAUUCGAAAGAUCGACAUAUGUUGUUACAACUUGAACAGCAUAUGACAAAGCUUAUUAAGGAUUCAACACGCAAUUCUCAAAAAUUCCCAGCUAUGAGUUCGUAUAAUCGUAUGUUGGUACAUCGAGUAGCUGCUUUUUUCGGUUUAGAUCAUAAUGUUGAUCAGAAUGGUACAGCUGUUGUCGUGAAUAAAACAUCACAUACUAGACUGCCUGAUAUCGAUUUUUUAUCGCUGAUACAAGGUGAUGUGUACACUGAUGAGCCUCGUCGAAUUCUUAGAAGGGAUGCUCAAAGCUAUGAAGAAGUCGGACAGUCAUUGGGCUUAGGCUUAAUCUGUGGACGUCGAGCACGUUCUUUCGAAGUAGAUGAUUGCUUACCAGCUGAUCCAACAACUCUUACUGUUGGCUGUGUUCUUCCAACUACAACAUCUCUUCAUAUGCAUUUACUGCAUCAGCAAGGAUCAACUUCAUCUACCGAUGCCAGCAGCACUCAUUUUCUUGAAUCACCUGGAAGCUGUUAUACCGAUCAUGGGUAUAGUGAUAUGCCGAUCAUGGGCGUCUAUACAGCACCAGAAAGCAACUCUUCAUUUAAUAACACCACGCAUAUCUUCCCAUGGAGCAGUUCUGAAAGCUAUACAAGCUUGUCAGCUCCAUCGAGUUUAAUUUCUCCUGUUAUGCAUAAUCAUCUCCAACCUACAAUGCUAACGAGAGAAGUAAGCAUCGAUAAAAGUACACCGCUGCACAGAACUCUCAGCACUCAUUCAUCUUUGCCUGAACAGCGAACACCUGCAAUACCGGAACAUCUGCUUCAUGAGAAUGCACAUUUUGCCGAUGAAUAUGGUAUGGACAUUACUGCUUCGCAACAACAAACAGAGCUUGUAUUUGCAACUCCUCCUGCAUAUCCUGAUUUCGUUUCAAAUCAAUAUAUCGUCAGUCCUGCAUCAGAGCAAACAACAUACACUGUUCUUCCACCAUAUUUUCGUUAUGCUGGACCACCAACUUUAUCAGUCCAAAAAUUAACGCAUCAGGUGGAAUCCUUGUGCGCAACAGGCUAUCCAGAAGUAGUUCCAGCUUCUCCACAGUCUUAUCUUGUCUCACCUCCACCAACACAGACCAUAUAUCCACAGCAGUUUCUGGUUUCACCUCAGGUCAGCACCGUAUAUUCAUCGCAGCCUUAUUUCUUACCGGUUUUGCAAAGAAAUUAUGUUCCAAAUGUAGCAAAUGUACAAGGCACUUAUCCGGUUUCAAUUACACGGCAUCCUAUUUCAAGCUAUGAAUGUAGCAGUGUGCAACAAAGAAAUCUUGUGGACGUAGUUGGAAUUACGAAAAGUGAACCCGUGUUUGAAGAUUCUACCGCAGUAACGCAGAACGAAAAUAUUUCAAACUAA